AUGAAUAUGACGGAAGCACUCGGCCUAGCUGCGAGCGUCAUUGCCGUGGUCGACGUAACCGCCAAAGUCGGGAGCGCCACGCUCAAGCUCAUGAAACUGUGGAACGAGGUAAAGGAAGUACCAACAAUGCUUCUACAGAAAGCGGAACGUGUCAGAGAUCUAGAGGACUUCCUGCUUGAUGCCGAAGACCACAUCCAAAGUAGCCCGCUGCCACAAGGCUUCUGGAGUACGAACUACCGCUUGCAGCAACACAUUGAAAAGGUCCGCCGUGCACUUGACGAGGUUCAAGAUAUGGUGGACGAUUUACAAGCCAAGUUGACUGCCCGAAAAGACGGCUUCAGAAGCAAGCUGUUGUUGUCGGAUUGGAAGUCCAAUUCGACCGCGGCAUACAGCCGACUGCGCAGGGGCCAAUUGGGGGCCCUAUUUACGAUUAUCGUAGCCAGCCCAACCUACGGUUGGAACCUCCUUUUUACACCUACUACGCAGAUAUUCAUAUAG